CUGCGCUGGAAUAAGUAUGGAAAAGAUUAAUUGAGAGACCGGAGAACCGACAAAUCUGGACGAAAGAAGUGCCGACCAGAAUGCCAACUGGAACAAAAGAGACUACUUCUUCUUCUUGUGUUCCGUCUAUCGGUGAACAGAACUAACUAGCAGCUAAAAGCUAGCUAACCUACAUUGCUGUCUUAACUAGCUCCGAAGACUCAGUUGCUUUUGUUUUUUCAAUAAAGGCAUAUUUGAAGUGAGCUUUAGCUCUUUGGAGUUUGAGAUUACAUUACAACAGGGUGCUAUAGUUAAUAGUUCAGCAUUAGCAACAGUUAAAUUGGUAGACUGAGGAGGUUGAUAGUUGGCUAGUUACCAGUUUUACUUAGCUCUUCGUGCUGGCGCUUGUUCAGCUGUUUCAUAUCUCACCAAUGGAGUUAUUUUAGUGUGGUUUUGUUCCUCAACAGCCACAACGAGCUUUCGUUCAUACUUUUAUGCUACACAAAAACCGUUUUUGCGUUUUAUUUCUAUCUUGGACUCAAACUGGAUGAAGUGGAUUAUUUUUCCUGUUUACACUUGAAAGCAUCCUUUUAUUUUUUUGCUUUUGACUUAAUCUCUGACUCUUCAUCGCGAUGGCAGCUGUGGUCAGCUACUCGCCACCUUGGUGGGUGAACCUGCUGCACAGACUUCCCCACUUCAACUUAAAGUUUCAGCAAACAAGCAGUGAUUUCCAGCCAGAAGACUGGACAUAUCAGCAGUCCAUCUUGUUGCUGGGGGGUUUGGCGCUUGCCUGUUUGGUUCUGGACCUCGUUUUUCUCCUCUUCUACUCCAUUUGGCUUUGCUGCCGGCGCAGCAAAACCUCUGAACAGCCCAACGCCGACUGCUGCUGCACAGCCUGGUGCGUCAUCAUCGCAACACUCGUGUGCAGUGCUGGCAUAGCUGUCGGUUUCUAUGGGAAUGGCGAGACUUGCGAUGGAGUGAAUCGACUGACGUAUUCCCUCCGCCAUGCUAACCGCACAAUCACUGGAGUCCAAAAGCUGGUAUAUGAUAGUACGUCGUCGUUGAACCAGACAGUGGACAAGAAUCUGCAACAGCUUGAGGGCCAGUAUGCUCAGCAUGCAGACUACCUCUCCAUCAUCCAAAAGCUGCAGGGCCAACUGGAUGAGCUAGUCAGGCAGAUGGUUGAGAUUCCUUUCUGGGACAACAACCUAAUUUCUUUGGAAGAUUUGUCCACCAGUAUCGAACUGUAUGACUGGUAUAGGUGGUUGGGAUACAUCACGUUGCUACUCUUCGACGUUCUCAUCUGCCUUCUCGUUCUAUUUGGUCUCAUUCGCAACUCAAAGGGAAUACUUAUAGCGGUGUGGUUGUUUGGUGUCGUUGCUCUUAUUAUCAGCUGGGUCUCCCUGGGGCUGGAACUGGCUGUUUCUGCGAGCUCAAGUGACUUCUGUUUUGCUCCUGAUACAUAUGUUACCACAGUAGUGGACCAAUAUGGGGUCAUCGAUAAAGAGAUCCUCCAGUACUACCUUAUCUGCAGUCCGGACCAAACCAACCCCUUCCAGCAGAAGCUUUCAGGGAGCCAUAAAGCAUUAGUGGAGAUGCAGGACGACGUGUCUGAGCUGUUGCGCUCUGCCACCAGAGAAUACAUACAGACCCGGGGAAGUUUGGAAGAGAUUCAGGGGGUUCUGAACACCACUGAGAUCAGCCUUCAUCAGCUCACGGCGCUGGUGGACUGUCGCAGCCUGCACAUGGACUAUGUUCAGGGCAUGACAGGACUGUGCUAUGAUGGACUGGAAGGCCUCAUCUACCUCUUGCUCUUCUCCUUCGUGACUGCGCUCAUGUUCAGCUCCAUCGUCUGCAGCGUGCCUCACACCUGGCGCGGCAAGCGGAGCGAUGAGGACAGUGUAGAUGAGUCUCUGAGCCCCGGCGGGCGGCAGACCCACGACAGCCUGUACCGGGUCCACAUGCCCAGCCUGUACAGCUGUGGCAGCAGCUAUGGGAGCGAGACGUCCAUUCCUGCUACAGCCCACACCGUCAGCAACGCUCCGGUCACAGAGUACAUGGCUCAGAAUUCCAACUUCCAGAACUCUCGGUGUGAAAACACGCCACUGAUCGGACGCGAGUCUCCUCCUCCCUCUUUGUAUUUGACUGCCGCGGACAGUAACAGCGGUCACUGCUGGCAGUUAAAGCCCUCGGAGAGUUCAAGAUCGUUUUGGUAACUUCAUCUGCUUUACUACCAGUACACCUCCAGCAUGCGGGCAAAGUACUUGGCCAACAGUCGACCCGAUCCCAACAACCCUCCUUCUCAUUAAGUCUCUCCGCUCUCCACCGGUCUGCAGUGCUGCACAUCUCUGAAGCCUCUCCUCAACUGAUCAGUCCCAUUUCUUCUGCUUCCUGCUUGUUUUCUCUCUAUCAGUUUAUUUGAACCAAACAUGCUUUCUCCUGCUUGGCUGAAGCAGAACCAGAGGACAUGCAUCAGAUUACAAACUGAGUCAGAAGUACAGAUGUACACUCCAUUGUUUAUCUUUGCACGCAUCAUUAAGGGUCCUGCAACUGAACUCCUGAGCUGAUCCGAUGCAACAACUUUUAGCUAUAAUUCAUGAUAUCAAACAUGGCGGUUUAAGUACUGUAACAUACUCUGUGUUUACUCUGGAAUCUGUAGAUAUGAUCUUUCACACUCAGCUUAGAUCUACUUUUUCCAUUGAUUAGAUUAACUUUAGCUUGUUAAGACUCUACUGUUUUUGAAGCUUGAAUCGUACUGUACUUGUGGCACAUCCAACACAAACUAACACACUUGGCUUAUAGUGACAUUCUAUGUUAAGUCUGUUGUCUGGGACCAGUUUUUCUGUGGUAUUGCAUGUUUGACCACAGUCUUGUUUCUUUCUUCUUAUUGGUUGACUUUU